GCAACAGUGCUGCUAACCAAUCACAGCUAACUCAUUUUAGUACAGAAGGAGACAACUAUAUCUAGUCAGCAUAGUUUAGUACAGUACUGUUACUACUAAAAUCAAACUGUCAAAGCUAUACUUGCACCAUAUUGGAGUUGCAUUCGUCAUAGAAGGACACGACAGAACACGACUGCAGUUAAGGAAAAUGCGUUCUAUUAAAAUUUCAAUUGAGAAACCUCCUCGACACAAACGUAUAAAAUUAAUAUACAAUUUUCAAACGGAUUAUCAUCGUAAAAUAACUUUGGCAAGAAAUUUGAAAAGAAAUGUGAAGCGCUUUGUACUUAAAGAAUUACAAGAUAGUGAUCCGGAUAGUUCAGAUUGUUCGAGUUCAUCAAGAGAUUUGGAACUGAGCAAGUAUUCGAUAGAUUCAGAAAAUUUAUCAGAUACGAUGAGUUCUCAAAAUUCUGAUUCUAACGUUGAUACGCAAGAAACCGAUAAUCGGUUGAGUUCGGUUCAAGUCGGUUCAAAUUCCGAAGCUUUUUUUAAAACAGAGUCCAAUAAUUUGGAUGGUAUAACUAAUUUAAAAAUAAAUGAUAAUUUAACUAAUUGUGAAGAGACUGGUAGUACUAAAAAGCCAGUCACUUAUUUCGAUGAAUCUUUAAAGUCAAUAAAAUUACAUAAACCAGAGGGUAUAGCUGAUUCGAAACAAGUCAAUGAUUUGAAUAAUUCAGUUGUAAGUGAUAAUUCAGAACAAAGCGUAUAUAUAGCAGAUUCAAAAGAUGCAUUUGAGUUGGAAAAAAAUUGUAAUUCAGAGUCAUGUCAAUUAGAUGGUCUAGUUGCUUCUGGAGAGACAGGUAAUGCAAACAAUUCAGUUGAAUUAGAUAAUCAGAAAGAAACUAAUAAUUCGGAGAAAUCACACAACUUAGAAAAAGAAGAUGACAAUAAUGAUAUAUCAGUAGAAAGAACACAAAAUGAAUAUUUGGCUUCUCAGCAGAAAGCGCUAAGACAUCUCAAAAUGGCCAUACAACACAUCGUACACUUGAAAGAUUUGUUAUCAGUAGCGUUAGAAAAAAGAUAUUUAUCAUUUGAUGGUAUAAUGGACGCAAUGGACGAUGAAAUAGUGACCACAAAAACUAAAGAAGAAUUUGAUGGUUUUGAACGUAUACAACAAAACUUUCCCAGAUUAUCGAAAGUUUUCAAAACUGAAGCAUCUAAGUUGAAAGGUCAGCGUACUCCUAUAAACUAUUAUCAAAACUUACAGCGCUUAGUCAAUAACUGGGGUGGAUUUCACGAAGGAAAAAGAAUAUUUGGUAGAUUAAAAUCUUUGAGCGAAAAUUCCGAUUAUGUAAAUAUUUUUGAAGUUGUAAAAUCGGUCACACCAAUUAAUGAUGACAAACCAACUACCAGUAAGAAUGCGGUUAACAAUGUAGAAACUAAUUUAAAAGUUAUAUUACCACCUGAAUUGAUGGGCGUGGCAUAUCUGCAUAUACAAAUAACACAUGAAUAUGUGGACUGCUUUAGAACUGCAUUAAAUAAUGUAGUACCUCAAGAGGACAACGUAGAGGGCGAAGAAUGGGAAAAAACUCUACAACAGGCACAAAACGUGCUUACCUCUCGCGAACUCUUCGAUUAUUUGGCAUCUGAAACAGUAACUCUUACCGCAGUUACACCACAUUUGGUAAUGGACAAUAUAAUUUUACUGACUAUACAUCCUGGCGUUCAGUUAAUCAUAACACUUUGUGAAGCACACAACUAUGAUAUGAAGGAAUGCUGCCUAUCGAGUUAUUACGAUUGCAUACUUAAGAGUUCAUUGCAACAACUUAUAUUAAAAGAAAUUUUGAAAAAUGAACGUGUCGUAAUGCCUCAUCCUGCAAGUGCUCCAUUUAGUGCUAAUGAACAGGAAUUUCUGGCUGGUCCUAGUGCCUUCAGAGGUGAAUUCGUGCAGAAAAAGCAAGAGAAAUCUUUUUUGGAAAAAUUUAUUAUGUACGCGAAAAAUAUUUACUUGGUUCAACGUAUAAAAUCUUUAUUCGAUGAGUGGAGUAGAGAAACCACAGAUACACAAAUGAUAUUGCACUUGAUGCCUUUCAGUGAUGUUACUAAAGUUUGCUUCAAGCUUCAACUCAUAAUACAAGGUUACGAAGGUCUUGUGAACAGUGCAGUUUCAAUAGAAAUUAUGGAAGGUACUAUCAAAUGUAUUUACAUAAGCGGCGAAGUAUAUCGCAAUUUGAAAGAUCCCAUCGAGUUACGUGAUGUUUUGAGAAAUUUAAUAAGUAUUCAUAAAAUUUUGUGUGUGCAACGUUUGUCGGAAUUUAUGGGUUGGAUUGUACUUUCUUGUCAUAAGAAUUUGCAUGACAGUCAGCUAGGUAUAUUCAGUAGCUGUAUGAUUUCUUUACCAACUGAAAGCAUCCGUAUUAGUGUCACUAUAUCUCACGAGCCUGAUGUGGAUCCUCGUGUGCUUGUAUCACGCAGUCUGAGAAACAAUCUACAAGUACAAGUACAAGAAUUGAGAGAGGUACAACUUGAUAGAAUGAUUGGUAAAAAUUUUCUCGAAAAAUUCGACAUAUUAUUGGGUUUGUACAGUAAAGCAAUGAAGCACUGAAAUAUUUGAAAUAAAA